AUGCCAUCUUGCUACCUCGCAAACGCCGCGAACGAUAACCCCGAACAGUCAUUAACAAACUUAAUAUAUACGCAGCCUACCCCAGCGGCAUCGCCCAAGACGUCAGCUGGGCAAAUCACCUUCUUGCUAAAUUGCUCCAAAGCCGCAGACAUCGUGACAGACUAUAUAAACAACCAGCUGCGCAUCGAAAAUCUUUCCAAGGGUGGACUCGUCAGCGGGUUUGGGUUUGACAUCUGCAUCAUCAGCACGACGGCCUUCACCACAACGCAGCUCCUGCGAGUGUGCGGCACGUUCCUAUCAGCCUUCCAGGCCAACAAGGCCAAAGAGCGGCUCCACAACUUCGUAAGCCCCGGAGAUGUGCCCAUGUCUCUCCUUACCAGGGGGUAUCUGACAGCCAAGGGGGCCAGCGGGGGCGGCCCCGCAUGCGGUGAUGCUGCUCACGGUUACAGCUUCACGACACGGGGCUACGUGCAAGAAGGGCGCCGCUCCUGUUUGUUCGACGCCACUAGCACCCAAACGUGUGUGAUACAGGAGCCCCCACCACCGCCGCCACACCCAUCCCUUAGCAUGCCACCGCCAUCACCCUCUCCAACAAUACCCAACCAGCCUCCAUUACGACUCCCGAAACCACCAUUGCCGCCGUCCCCGACGGCGGGACCGCCUCUAUCAGUGUGCGAGGUUUGCAUAAAGAUUGAGGUCAUGGCGCCCGCAUUGGAAAUGGUUGGAUUUCGGUUGGAGCUGGACGAGGAGCGCCCACCACCUCCAUGGCCAUACCCCCCACCCCCAGCCCAAGCGACGGUCUGUAUCCGUCUGAUGUUCAUUUCAUCUUUGCCACCUAGCACCAGCGAGACCUGUGGCAGGUCCCAAGUCUCCAGUUCUACCCUCAUGGAGGCGCUUCAGUUGCCUUGCUUCCGCCAGCAGCCCAAGCGCCGCAGCAAACUGGAGGCUGGCGGUUGGGGGUUGUGCCACGGCCAAUACAGCCCGGCUCGGCGGCCUAAUUCUUGUCGGCAAUGCUGGAAUGCAGUCCAGUCAAAUGUAUGCUGUGUUCCGCCACCGGAGCGUUGA